AUGGGAAAGUCCGAUAGUGAGAAAACUUCAGAAACUGCUAGCAAAGAGACCUUUAUCCGUGCGGCUGUACUUCUUGGGCUAGUCCUGACAGUCUUCCUCGCGGACUAUGCAUUCUUUGCUGGCAGAGAAUCUCCAAAUUUGAGGUUUGGAAGCGCAGAUUGGAUAGUGGGCGGUCUUCUUUUGGCUGGUGGUUGCCAGGCCUUCUACCUGAGGACCAGAGCUCCCAAAGUGUCAAAAGCUGUCAAGAGCCAAGAGAGCCGGCCCGACCGGUCUGAAGCGCAAGCUCCCACCAGUCCCACCAAGCCCUUGAAAUCCGCCCAACAGACUUUAAACUACCAGCUGGGCCGGGCCUCGUCCUCAGAGAAGGCUGCAGCAGUACUGGAGAAGCUGGUGCUGGAUUUUGAGGCCUCGCACGGCCUUCCAGACACCCUCAGCUACAACCUCGUCAUCCGGGCAUAUGCGAAAGAGGGCCAUUACCAGGCAGCGGGACGAUGGUUAACUCACAUGGAGAAGCAGGGGGUCAAGUCGACGGUUUGCAGCUACAACACCGUGCUGGAUGCCUGUGCCAAGGCAGGCAAAGCCAAGGAAAGCGAGUUUUGGUUGCAGCGCAUGCUGGACAAGGGCCUUCAGGCCAACGUCAUUAGCUUUGCCACGGUGGUGCAUGCCUUCGCACGUGGUGGGGAUGAGAAUUCUGCAAGCAAAUGGCAACGAGAAAUGCUGAGAAGGGGCAUUGAACCCGACAGCAUCAGCUACAACUCGCUGAUCCACGCCUGCUCCGUGAAGGGCCGGAUUUCGGCGGCUGAGGCCUGGCUUUUGGAAAUGCGAAGCCGGGGCCUGGACGCAACGGUGACCACCUACGCUUCCUUGAUCGAUGCUGCAGCAAAGGCAGGUGAUCUGGAGAAGGCGGAGAAAUGGAUGACUGAGAUGAUUGGCUUUGGCAUCGCGCCCAACGUGAUCUCUUUCGGUGCGGUGAUCAAUGCCUGUGCGAAGGCAUGUAACUUGCAGCGUGCUGAGCAUUGGCAUUCCCGAAUGGUGGAGUUCGGGAUCCGACCGAACUUGAGAAGCUACAGCGCAGUCAUCAACGCCUGCGCCAAGGCAGGCAAGGCCGAUCAAGCGGAACAGUGGCUGCAGAAACUUGAGGCUGCGGGCCUCGAGAGCGACGCCAUUGUCUACAGCAGCGUGAUUGAUGCUUGUGGCAAAGCAGGGGAUUGCGAAAGGGCAAUGGCUGUAUUCAAAAGAAUGCAGGCCAGAGGCAUUGCGCCGCAUGUUGUCACCUAUUCUGCACUAGCCCGGCCCUUCGCGUACAGAGGCCACUGGCAGCAAGUGGAAGGACUGGGGGAGGAACUGCGAGCAAGCGGUUGCCGCCCAAACGACUACUUCAUUUAUGCACAGUUGCUGGCAUACGCGACCGCCAGACCAAAAGAGCCCGAAAGGGCAGAGAGCCUCUUCCGUGAGGCGGUUGCCGAGGGCCUUUGCCCCAAUCAGCACGUUCAGACGGGGCUGUCGAGGGCCCUUGGCCGCAAGCGGGCCUCCGAGUUGAUGCAGGAGCUCAAGGUGGCAGUCAAGUAG